AUGCGUCUCUCAUCUGUCCUCGUGGUCUGCGUUGCGGCUGGUGCCAUGGCCCAGAACUCUUCCGUAGUAUCCUCAUCCGUAUCGCAUUCUAGCAGCUCGACCCGCGUAGCUUCAGCGGCCGCCACGAAGCCUGCCAACUCUUCCUCCGUAGGCCAGUCGACUACCGCCUCCGUCAAAUCCUCCGUCACAUCUUCUGUCAAAUCCUCCACCACAGCAGGUGGCUCAUCUAAGCCUGCAAAUGCAACGGCGUCUAGCACUGCCAAGCCGGUCACCACGAAUGGCGGCAACGAUAUGAGUGCCACCCAGAUGGCGAAAUAUGUGGUGGGAUUCGCAAGUCUGUCGGGGUUGCUUGUUGCAUUCCUGUAG